UUCACACACAUGCCGGCUAGAUUGUUUGCUGUUGCAAAAGUAGUUGUUUAUUUUUGAUUUAUAGGCAUUUCCCAAAUAAGAGCCAGCACAAAAAUGGAGAGAAAUCUGCAGAAGCAAUUAUACGGCAUAUCGCGCGAAUCUUCACCAGGUGCACGAAGGUACAGCAUGCCAGCAGCCUCGGCAGACAGCACGCGUAAAUCAAUUUUUGGCGGCAGCGCCAGUUGCGCCCAGAUGUCGGGGAGCCUCAAAAGGACUGCCCUGACCAACAGCCGGCUCAGCUUGUCGGUGCGUUCCACUCAGUCCAUUGCCGGCAUCCGAUCCGAUUACAAUUCGGUAGAGAGCUUCGGUUGUCCACUGCCGGUGGUGGUCAAUGAGGCACUAACCUUCGCAGGUCCAGGAGCGGGCACAGUAACAGCCAAAGUGACGCAAAACGGUUGGGCUUGGGUUGUCCAAGGCAGACGCCUCUUGAUUUGGCAGUAUAAGGACACGGCCAAGUCGGGCUCGCCACCUCGUGUGGGCAAACUGGCAAGACGUGGUGGUGGUCUGGCCCAGUGCCGUGAAUUGACUUUACCUUACAGUGACCUGGGUCACAAGAGUGAUUUAAUCAGUGUUUUCCAGACGGAGGGUCAGCAAAUGGCCUCCUGCAUAGCGGUAUCAGCCACGGGAGAAGUUCGGUACUGGUCAUCGAUUGCGCACGAUGGGAACUCCGUGGAUCUUUCCAUCUUAACUGGCCAAGAGUUUGUCCAGCUGCUCAGUCUACCAACGCAGCAGGGCUACCUAGCCGUUACAACCACCUGCAAUCUGGUAUUCCUGCGAGUCGGACUGACCAACGGACGUUACACACUUCACCAUAAGACUAUCAAGCCUGCCACUAGCUUCCUUGGUGGUUUUGGCAAAAAGUUUGCCUCCAUUUUGAUUGGAAUGAACACGGGUGCAGACAAGGAUCAAACUUUGGUCGGCAUGUGCUGCGAGAGCAAUUUAGAAAGUGGAGAAACCAUUGUGGCCGUGCUCUCUGAUCGUGCAAUCCAGCGCUGGAGUCUGUCCAACAAUGGCAACACCGAAAACCUUCUGUACGAGGAUGCGGAUAUGUUGCGCAGGAUACGCGAAGAGUUUAUAACGAACUUUUGGAAGUUCCGACUCCCAGCGGAUAGUUUGGAGAUCGAUCUCCAUCUGUUGGACUUUCACGUGGUUAAGAACAAAGCUUAUAUACUGGCUGGAGCUGUGAAUGCUGCUCACGCUCCACAAAUGUGCUACGCUCUGGUGACUGGCACUGCUCAAGCUGAAAGAAUGCUUCUGGAAUCGUUCACGCCGCUCAAUAUGAACAAAUUCUUUAGUGCCAAGACUGAGGAGGAUUGCCUCAGCGUGCGUUUUGUAGUAGGCAGCAGCCACAUCUAUUUGUAUACUUCUAAAGUUGUGUAUCCUCUGCACUUGACCAACUCGGUGCCGACAGCAGAGCUAGAGGCGGAAAAGAUCGAGUUCCAUCAGCACGAUGAUCGCAUUUUGAGUGCCGUCAUCUGCAGCCAAUUGCCAUUGUUCUUUAGUCGCACACAUGGCCUAGUUUCUAUUACACCGGGCGAUUUUGAUGGUACUGAAAUGAUGAACAUGAGCUCCUGCAACACGCCAGAUUUAUAUGCUCCCAAUUCGUGUAAUGCUAGUUUCGCAGUUGCCGAUCAUUCUGCUUUGACUAACAGUACUAAUAAUCUUCACCUUUUCGAACUGGAUCCGGAUGAAAUGUACAACGAACUAAGCGAUGAAGUUGGUCAACUAAAGGCAGCGUUCCUAUAUCACAUGAAACGCAACAGCAAUAUGGUCAAGACGAUCGUCGAUGAGCUGCUUCGUAAUGUCACUGCAGCCGAUCCAAGUGGUGCACCCAUGGAUGCUUACAAGUUGGAUCGAAUUGUUAUUACCAUCGCCGAAGACUUGGCGGAGGAUAUACCAAUAGCCGAUCCCCGAUGGGAGGAGGCACUUGCAGAUCAGGAAAUGAAUAGGCAUGCCAUCGGCAGCUCUCGUUCAAUGCAGAUUAUCAACCAACUAAGGGACAAGAUCAUUGCUUUCCAGCACUUCAUAACGUUUCUGCAUUCCAGUUUAGUUUGGGACAAGUUAAAUGUCAUACCUUGCGGAAGCCAUUCGCUGAAACCCACCGGCUGUAUUCUAGCCGAUAUCAGCGAGAAGAUAGUGGCUGCUAUGGCUCUGCGAUCCAUUCAGACCAAACUGCCCAAGCUGAUUGAAGAGGCUAUCGAUGCCACCGUAGCGUUAUGGCAUGAGGAGCCUCAGGGCAGCCUAACUUACCAGGAUAUAUUUUACGUAAAGCUGUCUAGGUUUCAAAACGUGUUCGAGGCCCUGGCGGAUAUUGCUGACGAUCGAAUCGCUGCUCAGAAUCAGACCACCAUAUCAGUGGCCCACUUUGUCAACGAGAUAAACUCCAUUGUCCUAGACGUUUUGGGACAAGUGUUCAAGUAUCGAAAGCAGCACGCAAGCAGCUUUAGACUGAGCCACGAAAAACUACCUUCCUACGAGAAUCUACCUUGGACUGCGAUGGCUGGCAGUGCGGGAGUUCGUGACACGCUGACUCGCCUCAUUGACAUUAGCGUUCGCUAUGGCAGCCACUGCGUUAGCGAGACUGAGCUAAAGCAGCAAUUGUACCAACAGAUAUUCGAACUAAUUGAUUUGGUUUUGGACGGACGGAAGACUUACUUAAAAAGCGUGCGCGACACGGAAAAGUUCAAUGUUCUGCAGCAGCAGUUUGAGGCUCAGCGAAGGGAACUCAUCUCCGUGCUAAUCAAAGAUCGCCAAUACGAGUACGCCGCAAAGAUCGCCGAGAAGUACCUCGAUUUUCAGAGCCUGGUGCUUAUCUGCGAUGAGACGCAGGACAAGGAGCGACUGGAAGAUUACACCCGCAAGUACGAGGAAUAUGACUUCUCACAGUUUGCCAUCAAUUGGCAUCUGCGCCAGAACCGGCACGGCGAGGUAUUCGAACGCUUCAAGGGCAACCAGACGGCUUUGGCUCAGUUCAUGCGUGACCAUCCGUCCCUUGGGUGGAUCCAGCUAAUAUUCAACGGCGACUUCGAGCGGGCGGCCAAGGUGCUGUACGAGUUGGCCCAAUGCGAAACGGAGUUUGUGGCGCGCAAGAAGUCUAUGCUGUCGCUGGCCAAAUUGGCCGCCUUCGCGGCAGCCGAAUCCGAUUUAACUGCCCAAGUUGAAAAGAUCAACGCAGAUCUUACGCUGGUCGAAUAUCAAUCGCAACUGGGCCAUGACGUACUGGAAAGCUUUGGCUUCGAUCCAGCAGAACAGAAGGUGCUCAAGGCAGAGGAGAUUAUCAGCCUUUACAUCGCCGAGGAAAAUGAAACUGCCAGCGAAACGGAAUUCCGUAAAGCUUUGGAACUUCUGAGCUACGUGGAACAGCCGUACGACAUGCGGCACAAGAUCUGGUGUGCAGCUAUAAAACGCGAUAACUGGACGGACUACGAUCCCAACAAUGCGGUGCAUUACAUGCAGAAGUUGCUCUUUUACAAGAUCAUCGAAAUCUCGCAGCUGAUGGGCAACGAUUCCGAGAACGUUUUGCCACCCAUGGAAGACUUUCUGGAGAGCGUGGAGCUCGGCGAUUUGCCGCAGCAGAAACCGUUUCAGUAUCUGUUGAAACUGACCUAUGAGUAUGUGGCCGACAUGUUCAAACAGCCAGACGACAUGGAACUCUAAUCAAGCACCUCACAUGUCUUUCUAUUAAAGUUUACGUUAAGAAUUU